AUGAAUAGCUGUUUACUGCUACUUUUCGUGUUGGAAAUGCCUCUCCUAUGGCCUUGCCUUAUAGCAACAGAAAACUUUAAAACUGAGAAAGCUAAGCAGCCAGUGGGAUCUCAUUUGAGAGUGAAGCGUGGCUGGGUGUGGAAUCAGUUUUUUGUACCAGAAGAAAUAAAUACGACUCAUCACAUAGGCCAGAUGGUUGCAGACAAUACACAAGAGUUCUCUUCAGUCCCUGUAUAUGUACAAGUUCUUAAUAUUAAUGAUCAUGCUCCUGAGUUCUCUCAAUAUUAUGAGACUUAUGUUUGUGAAAAUGCAGAUUCUGGUCAGAUAAUUCAGACCAUUAGUGCGGUAGAUAGAGAUGAAUCCAUAGAAGAUCACCAUUUUUACUUUAAUCUAUCUUUGGAAGACACAAACAACUCAAGUUUUGCAAUCAAAGAUAAUCAAGAUAACACAGCUACAAUUUUGACUAAUAGAACUGGAUUUAGCCUACAAGAAGAGUCUGUCUUCUACAUAUCCAUCUUAAUUGCUGACAAUGGAAUCCCAUCACUUACAAGUACAAACACCCUUACCAUAUAUGUCUGUGAUUGUGAUGAAAAUGGGAAUACACAAAUCUGCAGGAAUAAGGAAUUUAUGCUUUCCAUGGGAUUCAAGGCAGAAGUCAUAACUGCUAUUCUUAUCUGCAUUAUGGUAAUAUUUGGGUUUAUUUUUCUGAUCUUGUGUCUAAAACAACGAAGAAAACAGACUCUAUUUCCUGAGAAAGGUGAAGAUUUCAGAGAGAAUAUAUUCAGAUAUGAUGAUGAAGGGGGCGGAGAAGAAGAUACAGAGGCGUUUGAUAUUGCAGAGCUGAGGAGUAGCACCGUAAUGCGGGAACGCAAGACGCGGAAAAACACCAGGGCGGAGAUCAGGAGCCUGUACAGGCAGUCUUUGCAGGUUGGCCCAGACAGUGCUAUCUUCAGGAAAUUCAUUCUAGAAAAGCUGGAAGAAGCUAAUACUGAUCCGUGUGCCCCUCCCUUUGAUUCCCUCCAGACCUAUGCUUUUGAGGGAACCGGAUCUUUAGCUGAAUCCCUAAGCUCCUUAGGAUCAGCGGUCUCUGAUCAGGAUGAAAACUAUGAUUACCUUAAUGAGUUGGGACCUCGCUUUAAAAGAUUAGCAUGCAUGUUUGGUUCUGCAAUGCAGUCAAAUAAUUAGGGCAUUUUACCAUCAAAAUGUAAAAAAUGAUAAUAUGUAUUUGGGCCAAAUUGUAGUCUCUUGGUAAAGAGUUGUGUGCUUUGCUUCUCUGAGGGGGAAAAAGCCCUAGUUUAUAGAGUUUUCUGAUUUCCUCUGAGUGAAUAAAUACCCCAUGAUUGUUUCAGGCUACACAUAUGUUGUCAUUGAACAAAGUGUGGGGAGAGGUGCGAAC